AUGACAUGGACGACUCCAGCCAAUUCCAGGGCGCCCCAGCAUCCGAGCUCGCCUGUCCGCGCGGUCGGUUCCAAUCGAGGCCCCAAGGUUCCAACCAAGGUUAUCUCGACCACGUCUCGUCGGCCGCCCCCAAUGACAUGGCCUCCCGCUGCUCCACGUGGGUUGAACAGCCGUCUCACGGCGCCCGAUCGCCCCGGCCAAUGGAUCUUGGCCCCCGGUGAGACCUGCACGGCGCUCCAUGUCAUUGGUGCGAUCCCUCUCGGCGGUCUGGGAGUCGAGAUGAGAUUGUGGAUGUGCGUUGGCCGGCCUUGCCUUGGCUUCAUCUUUGUCCCCCCCGGAACGAGACACAGACGCAAGGUACGCGGGCCCCUUGCCUUUGCUUGCAGCCAACUCGGCUUCACCGACUCGUUGUCCAAGGGCCUUGCCCUGGGACACGACACGGGCGGCCAAGGUGAGCGAGCGUUGUUGUCUCUUCUCUCACCGACGGCACACACUCAUCCCUUCUCCGUCGCUCGAGUGAGAUGCAGAGAAUCAUCCACGAGACGUCGCUCGACAUUUGCAUUGGCUGCGUCACGUCGAGUCAUGCGAAACUCAGUUCCGCUGAGCCUCCUAUUAUGGCCACUGCUGUUAUGUCGUGGUUGUCGGCUCACCGCCUGCACCAGCGCCGCUGUAACGCGGCCCGUUCACGUUUCAUCUCGAUAG